GAAAAUUGAAGAAUGAAGUUCAUUUGGAUGGUUGUUCUACAGUCCACUGAGCAGGGAGUAUCAGAAAACCCAAUCAAAAUCAGACAUUCAGAUAAGAACAGGAAAAAUGGUGAGAAAAUUUCAAUGAGAAGAAGUAUUUGAAAAGAAAAGAGAAAAGUUUUCACCAAGAACACUGAGGGUGGAUUGGAUUGGAUUGGAUUGGAUCGGAUUGGAUCUGUGUUGUCUCAGCGUCGGUGGCUUUUCUGUAACCUCUGACCCUUGGAAUUCCUUCGAUCUUCUUCUUCGACCAUCACAUCAUUUUUUUAACGAAUCCUCUGGAUCUCCAUUUUUCUCCUUCGAGAUUGAGUUUCCAUGAAGUAAACUCGAGUUGUUCCUUGUUCCUUGCUUGUUUUGCUUAGGAUCGAGGAGGAUCUUCGAUUCAACCAGCACCCAUGGAGGUCGAUCCAAAUUCUGGGAAAUCGUCGAAACAGAUUGGGGGCGGCCAGGUUUGUCAGAUCUGCAGCGAUUCCGUCGGCACGACGGCUGACGGCGAGCCGUUUGUUGCGUGUGAUGUUUGUGCGUUUCCGGUUUGCCGUCCCUGUUACGAGUACGAGAGGAAAGACGGGAAUCAGUCUUGCCCUCAAUGCAAGACCAAAUACAAGUGGCAUAAAGGAAGUCCUCCGGUUCAUGGAGAGGCAGUGGAAGAUGGUGAUGGUAAUGGAACGGAAGGGGCGCAAGAAAGGCAUCAUAAGAAGCCAGAGCGCACGCUUAGCUGGGAUACCAAUUAUGAUAAGGAAGGAUCGUUUAAUCACAUUCCUUUGCUCACCACUGGACGAUCUGUUUCUGGAGAACUGUCUGCUGCAUCUCCAGAGAGGCUCUCCAUGGCAUCGCCUGAAAGUGGGAGUCGCGCUAACUAUAGAAUCAUGGAUCAAUCGAGAGACUCGGGAUCGGCUAGGUUUGGCAAUGUAGCUUGGAAAGAGAGGAUAGAUAGUUGGAAGGUGAAGCAGGACAAGAGUGUGCCGCCGAUGAGUGUUAGUCAUGCUCCUUCGGAAGGGAGGGGUGGUGCUGAUUUUGAUGCUAGCACUGAUGUCAUGAUCGAUGAUUCUUUACUGUAAGUGCUUCACUUUGUCUCUUG